AGAGAUGAAUUGAUUUUGAUUGGAUGGAAAUUGUCACGUGGGUGCCACUGUCUUUCUAAUCCUGUCAUAUUCAAGUCGUAAUUUAGCUCCAUUUAUUUUAGAUUUAUCUCGCUAUCGACAGCUGAUUUAAGUGUUUCAUUGACAAGACUAUAGAGAAAUAAUGAAUACAGACGCCGACUACACGAUCUGUAACCUGGAUGCACAUCCCUAUGUAAAUGGCUACACCACCUCAGAUAUCCCUAACACAAUUUACGGAUAUAACAACAAUAUCAACUCACGUGCGAUUGACACUGGACAACAGAAUUAUUACGGGUCAGAGAAUAUGCUUCCCCCGGGAAUGUCCGGGGUCGACCUCUCUCUUGGAAACCAGGGAUUAACAUACCCAGUGAACACCCCAGUCGUACCGCGGACUACAAGACAUCAGGGGUACGAGCUGGGGGACACACAGGCACAUGUAGUGGACCACUAUAUUCCUCCUCACGCGGCUUUAGCCGGAGAUCUAGGACCUGGACAAACUAUAAACACUGGUCGCUCAAACUUUGGGACAACGUGUAUUGAUAAUUUGACUUCGUGUUCCCUAUCUAAUGUGUACGGGGCGACUAUCAAUCAGCAGGUUCCCUCCCCAGUUAAGUCAGAACCCAACACUGGCCAAAGUUUACAGAGUAAACCAUUCCGAUGGAUGCAGAUCAAGAGAAAUGCUCCAAAACCAGUUGCAAAGCCGGCCAAUGAUUAUGGUUACCCUCCCAAUCCUGGGACCCCUCAACCAAACAUGGGGCGGACAAACUUCACCAACAAACAACUGACAGAACUCGAAAAAGAGUUCCACUUUAAUAAGUACCUGACACGUGCACGAAGAAUCGAGAUCGCAGCGGCGCUUGGACUGAACGAAACUCAAGUGAAAAUCUGGUUUCAAAAUAGGCGAAUGAAGCAGAAAAAGCGCCUACGUGAAGCGCAGUUUGAUCAGAACAGAGGCGAUAACUGUUCACUAAGUGGACUUGAUGGACUCACAAUGACUGCCAUGACGUUAUGUCAGGAGGGGAGAUAAUCGAUUUUUAAAUAUGUAGAACUCCUACAAAUUGGUAUCAUUUAGUCAGUGGAAUGGAAUUAUGAGUGCUAUAUAUUUAACAUUGGUGCAAUAUGUAUAUGCUGUUCGUUGCUGUUGUACGAUAUGACGAGUGGAGCAUGUGUCAUGAUAUUUUUGAAAUGUCUCACGCCAUUGUUCCAGUUUCGGGAGUUACUGAUAAGUCUAGAGUCCCUAAUAUGGUCCCUUUAUGUAAAAACUUCUUUUGUUUUACUCUUAGAUAUCUCUGUUGAAAGCAAUCAUUGUAAAACUGUCCACCAUUGCUCAAACCAUUUACAGAAUAACAGGGUUUACAUCACAAUGCAACUUCUUGCACGUGCGAUAUUUUUGUACCUCGCUUAUUGGCUUAUUGAUUGAAGUUCAAUCCAGAAAGAAAGCUGGACAGUUCAAGAUCUAACAGAUAAAACGAAUCUGUGAAUUCACCCUUAGAUUUUAUAUUACUUUAUUAUUUGUAUCUAUUUUUAGAUAUUCUUAUUUCCUUGUGUUGUACAAUAACAAUUUCCAUUUUCAGUUGUACUAGUCAUGUUAUGUAGAGGAGAAACUAAUGUGGCAUUUACAGUGUUUCCUACAAAUAUAUUUAUCUGGGUAUCAGUUAUACCGACUGGUAAUUAGUUUACUCACGAAUAAAGCAUAAUGUAAUAUAUGUUAUACAGAGCAAUGAGUCGAUACUAAUUCCUUGUGAUGCUCUUUUGUUCGAUUAUUUUUAUAUCCAUAUGUGUUCAAUGAAUGUGUGGUAACAUUCCGGAUUUGUUGUCUCUAAGCACGUAUUUUUUUUUCGAUAUCACUAUAAUUUGAUUUUUCAUUAAAAAAAAAAAUAAAAAGUUCCCUUUCAAAAAAGUGUAUUGAAUACAUGCAAUAAUUGCAACACAUCAGUCAAACGAUGGAAGACAAAGAAAUUUUUU